GGGGUAACUGGUAACUGUGUCACAUCACAAGGAGCUAUCAGGUCCGGAGCAGCACGCUUUCCCCAAAAUAACUUCAAAACAAGCAAGGUUCUCAUGAAGCGCUUCAUAUAAACGAUUUUAUUCUUUCCAAGGAUAUUUUCUCCCCACCUUCACGUAAACUGUCCGAGUCGGAGCUCGCUUUUCAUGGCCUUUGACCUCUGGAGGAAGAUGCUCCUGAAGGAGUAACACAAGCCUCUGUUGGUUGAUGCGAUGAAUCUUCACUUCUUAAGCGGAUGAAAUGCCUUGAAGCUUGCACCGCCGUACCAUGGCAGGUAUUCUCUCCGCUGUGGGUUUGGCGGUGAUGCUCCAGGCUCUGAUGCGUGACCAGUGUGCAGCGUUUCUGGGGAUAACAGUGUUGGUAACGCUGAUCUCUGCUGGCUCACCUCUUCCAGACGAGUCUCUGUUGGACUCAAACACCUCCCCUGUCGAAGUUCUUGGAGGGGUUCCAAAGACAACAAGAUCAUCACCGUCCGCCUUACCAGACUCACAUUAUACUGCCUUUAAGAACCCAGAGUCACUCAGUGCCCUCCUCUCCAUUCCUGAAACAGUUCCCAAAGCAAGAACUGCUGACAGCGAGCUUUUAAAAUCAGGGCAUGGUGCUUCUGAAAACUCUAAAUCUGUAGUGCCAAGGAAUGUCUCUGUAGAGGAGACAGGUGUUCGAACAACUCCGCCAUUAAGCCCCAUUGGACUUCCCCAGGGAUUUGAGGCGUCAGCUACAAUCUCCACUGAAAAGAGGGGGGUUAGGACUAGUCCUCACAAACAGGAAUAUAAUUUUUCUCUAUAUUCCAAGAUUUGGAAGCAACUACCCCAGUCUAAUGCGUCUCUGACGACCGUAAAUCCUUCUGCUUUGAGAAAAUCAACAUUUCAUCAAAGUCUUGAUCAUGAAGAAGAAACAACUUCAAGCCUGGUGCAGAAUGGGACAUUAAAACAAAUGCAGUCAGUUGUGACCUCAGUGGCCAACCCACCUCUUGAACCUCCCGAACUAGCUUUGUCUGAGUCUGAAAGUCAAAAGGUGGCUUCAAGCCGCCAAAUAGUGCAGAACAAAUCUGAACAAAACAUGAACACACUACCCAGUUUAGACGAGAUCAUGGCUCCUGGCUACCAUAUGCCUUUCAUCACCCCCCAAUCCUCGUUGGUUUUUUCUGACCCUAACCAGGUGCCUUCAGAGGACUUCUACCCUUCAAACACCAUGAAUGUGGACUGGGGUUCUGGAGACUACUUGGAAACGAUGUCCUUCUUCAACACGGAUAAUGAUGAUUACUCUCUGGUUACUAAGGUUCUCUCAGACCCAUACGAUAUGGAGGACGACACAGAAAUCUACGACACAGCCUUUCCUUCCAGAGUGGGCAUAUCGCCUUCCUCCAGGCACCUUGGUUAUGCCUCAUCUCCUUCCAGCCUCAUGACGCCAUACCUCACCGUUCCUCCACAUCAAUCCAUUUAUCCAUCCUCCCUUUCUACAAAGGCUUCCAAUUUAUUGAAGCCGACUGAUGUAGCUGGAACAGAUGCACCUGACGUAUCAGACAUCGAUUGGGGAGAUGCCUUCACAAUUCGACCAACAGAUGUCCUCUUGCCUGACAUGAACAGCUUAGAGUAUUACACCACUCAGCUGACAAAGGACAGCAAUGCUUCAGAAACUGGAGCAGAGUACAGGCAGAAUGUCACUGAGAUGUCCAUCAAUGCUACAAUGGCUCCACCCUCCACAGACGUGACGUCUGAUGGUAAUCUGACAGAGGGUGAGUCCUCCAGUGAUCUGUCAGGGUUUGAACCUCAUUAUGAAUCAACUACAGUAGUUACCACAGAGAUCACUCCUCAGCUGAGCAAUGCUUCUGAGUCUUUUCUUGAUCCUUCCAUCGUCCCAACCUACGUCUUAGAUCCCUCUUCCUCUGUAAGGGAUGGUCCAGUUUCCACCACAGGCUGGUUUACACAUUCGCUCACCGUAGAUAUUGAUUCUGCUUUAGCAGAAAUUUUACAUCCAAGUGCAACAUCUCUUCUACCAGAAGAUUUAGCAUCGUCUUCUCUGACAGACGUCCAUUGGUUUGUUACAGAAUCAUUCGACGACGGUCCUACACUCAUUACUCCCGUCAUAACUGCAACUGCAGCCUUCUCUCCUGAACCCCCUGAAAACACCACUGCCAUUGCAACUGACCCAAUGUCCCAAGACUCAUUUGCAACCGAACAACCCGGCGAUAUGACUCUAGUUUCAAAUGAAUCCAUGUCUUACAAUGUUACUCUGGUUCCUCCGGUUAUGUUUGGUGAUCAGAGCGUGACGGAAGACGGAGCGGAUAACCGAACCACAAUGGUCACAAACCCAACAAGCAGUGAAGUUAUUACUGCUGCGGAAACCACAAAUCCAGCUGCCACAAAUACCCCUCAUCAGGCAACAACCGGAUCUUCUGCCACCGCUGAAACCUCCACUAGUGUUGGCAUCACCACUGCUACCAGCAAACCAACCACAGCUCCAUCAACUACAUCAAGGCAGUACCUCUGCAAAGUUGACCACCCUGUUUAUUUAACAAAGACUGGUUUCCCGUCUGGGGUGACUGUUGGAUUUGCCAAAUCUCAAGUGAGAGACAUUCUGAAAGUGGAAUUUAACAAGUCAGUGGAGCUGCAGGUUGUUAGCCCUCCUCCACAGUUCGUCUUCCGGGUGGUGUCGGGUCCAGUUGUGUACACAGCCAUAUCUGUCAUCAACGCUCUGCGAAGGUCCGGCCGGCGCUUCCUCUAUGUGUCCCCUAACCAAACGACACCGGACCAAAAGUACCAAGUCCACACAGUGUUGCAGUUUGUCCCGGGUCAUGUUGACGUGCGAUGCUGCAGCUUCUUUGAGAGCGUGGAGAAAGGUUUGAUCAUGGCUUUUGCAGAAGUACGGCGUCGGUCGAAGGAAUCGACCAACUUCACCAUCCAUAUUCUAAACAUCACCACUGCUACAAACAGAUAUGGGGAACAACAGCUGGCGAGGCAGCCAGUAGACAUCACCUUCACUGUCAGUGGUUCUCGGGGUUAUCUUAUGGGGUCGAAGGUCAGCAACGCACUAAUGAAGCUCACAAUGGUAGAGUUUAGCUACUACAUUGGUUUCCCUGUGCUGCAGAUUGCAGAGCCUUUCCAUUAUCCAGAGCUGAACACCAGUCAGCUGCUUCGCUCCUCCUGGGUUAGAACAGUUCUCCUGGGUAUUCUGGACAAGAAAAUGAGCGAACGGACCUUUCAAGCCAACAUGGAGCGCAGAGUGGCCUUGUUGCUUGGGGAAGCGAUGGGACAAGUCAGGCGGGUCAAAAGAGCAACCGUUGUAGGCAACAGCAGCGUACAGGUUUUGAGUGUGAGCCGGCUGGAGGGUGCCGACAAUCCAGCCGAGAUGGUGUAUUUUGUGGAGGGUCAGAAUGGUCAGAGGAUGCCUGCUGUCCAAACCGCCAACCUGCUGAACAGCCUGGAUGUUCAGAGGGCGGCCAUUGUCCUGGGCUACCGUGUGCAGGGCGUUCUGGCUCAGCCUGUGGAGAAAAUGGCGUCCUCUCCCUCCGACUCAGAGAACAGCAACAUGUGGAUCGUCAUCGGCGUGGUGGUUCCGCUGCUCGUCGUCGUCAUCAUCAUCUCCAUCCUCUACUGGAAGCUCUGCCGGACCGACAAGCUGGAGUUCCAGCCGGACGCCAUGACAACCAUCCAGCAGAGGCAGAAGCUACAGGCUCCCAGUGUGAAAGGCUUUGAUUUUGCCAAGCUCCAUCUUGGCCAGCAGAGUAAAGAUGAUGUCAUGGUGAUCCAGGAGCCCGCCCUGCCAGGCUCUGGCUCCGCUCCUCUCGCUCAGUCCAUUAAAGAUGGCCUCAGUCCAUCUGAGAACGGCGAGGUCCCCACGCCCAAAUCCAAAACCUCCGCCUCCUCCACCAAGGCGUCCCGCGGCGGCCGGAGGCGAGAAAGGAUCUCCCCAUCAGACGGUGACUCAGUGGUGAGUGACCACUCCAGUGAACGGGAACCCACUGAGGAGAACCUGAGAGCCCACGCCACGCCCAGCGACAGCAAGCAGACCCGCAAGAAUAGAAUUGGUCCACCACCUAUGAACGGUGCUGCAAAUGAGCAGCUGUCGUCAGCCUCCAUCUUUGAACAUGUCGACCGGAUGUCUCGCGCCACAGAUGCGAGCCGCAGGCUCCCCAACAAAGUCCAGCUCAUCGCCAUGCAGCCAAUGCCUGUCCCACCACUGCACGGCCCACCUGUCAACGGCAAACCAUCUGAUACCAACCAAAUGAACAAGGAGAUCCAGGCAGCGUUGAGGCACAAGUCAGAGAUCGAACAUCAUCGUAACAAGAUUCGUCUGCGUGCCAAGAGGAAAGGUCAUUAUGAUUUCCCUGCAAUGGACGAUAUAAUCGACAGCCUCGGCGACGCAAAGGAGCAGGAUCGCAUCUACCAGAAGGCACAGACUCAAAUCGAUAAGAUUCUGGAUCCAGAUAAUCCCGUUCCUGCCGUCUUUAUGGAUUCCAAGAAAAGCGGUCGUGGGCGGCGCUCCCCAAAGCAGAGAUUGAAGAAUCAGCUGAAUGGAGGCCUGAUAGAAGCAGAUAAAGACCACCUCAUCACUGAAGACAGCGACGCCGUUUACAGGAAGUGCCCCGGGGUCAACAACGUGGCCUACGUGUCGGACCCGGACCAAGGCCCCGGUUCCCCUCAGAGGAGCCCCUCCCCCACCGAUGACGUCUUCCUCGGCCCAGCUUCCUCCCCGCCGGGCCACGCCCCGCCUCCGCCCCCCUACCUGCCCCCGCAGCCCUCCAUCGAGGAGGCGCGGCAGCAGAUGCACUCGCUGCUGGACGACGCCUUCGCUCUGGUGUCGCCCACAUCUCAGAGCAGCACGGCGGGCAUCACUCUGCCCGGGGUCAACCCCCAGGGCUGCAGCCCUCCUGGCCGGGGCCCCAGGGCCUGGGGCCCCUCCUACCAGCCUCCUUUUCCUGGUAGAUUCACUGAGCUGGGUGUCUCCUCUCCUGCAAUCCAAGGCCUGACUCCAAGGCAGGGCCUUGGCUCCAGCUUCCUGCCACCAGGAGAAGCAGCGGGCCUCAGCGAGUCUCUGCAGCCGGACAGCUUGUUCUCCAGCAGGGCGCUUUACGCCAAGGAGCUGCCCUCGUCUGCCAGGCCGCGCCCGGUGGGGGGGACCACAGGUGCUCAGCUCCAUCACCUCACACAGGUGGGCCUGUCCAGCCACAUGAACGGCUACCCAGCAGGCAUCAGGGCGGCUCCCGGCCAGAACGGAGGCCUGGGCUGGAACCACUACCACACCGACAACUUCUCCAGGCUGGACGUUGAAAAAGAGGCAAUGCACAGGAGUGGGAGUGGGGAUCCCACGGCGCCCCCUGUCCAUCUGGACACGUCAGCGGCGGCGGCGGCGUACCUGUCGUCCCCCCCGCCCCUGGACACGUCGCCCCCCACCCACUCCUCCGCCUCGCUGAUCAAGGCCAUCAGAGAGGAGCUGCUGCGUCUCUCCCAGAAGCAGGCGGCCGUGUCCAGCUACCACAGCUGAAGCUCUGGACGCCUGAUGAUGCUUCCCAUGGAAGCUCCUGUAGCGCCACAGCAGAGGAACUGUCCUGCUAAACUGAAGCGGUGGUUCACCUAAUCCUCAGACUCUCUACAGGAAAAAUACAACAGAUGAACUGAGAGGAAGGGUUGUGAAAUGGGACAAUGUUUCUGUCUCAUUGACCAGGCUGGGAUAAAUCCAGCUGUUUCCGCUGUAGAUCCAUCAUUUCACUGUAUUACUUCA